AAGUUAGGGAAGUCGUGAUUGGGCAUACAAACCGGUAAGGACAGUUUAAAGAAGAAAAAAUUAAGUUAACAUAAAGUUAGGGAAGUCGUGAUUGGGCAUACAAACCGGUAAGGACAGUUUAAAGAAGAAAAAGGCCGAUAUACUAUAGUAAGGAAACAUUGAGCUCAGUGAGAAGAGGUGUGCUGAAGUUUGAGUGUGUGAGAGAAGCUUCUGGUGUGUGUGAGAGGAGUGUGUGUAUGGGUGCUGCUGUGAGUGUGAGUGCAAAAGAGUCUGUGUGCAGUGAGUGGCAUGUGCACAAAGUUGGGGAAGUGUCUAGCAUAAAUAUAAGUGAUUAACUCAUGAUAAAGUGAUAAAUGAUGUCUUAUUAAAUAUAUAAUGAUAUGAUAUAAGAAAUUAACAUAUAAGGGAAGAGAUACUGUUGUCUUUGUAGUGUUAAAAAACAUAUGAGCCCUGUUUCUCUUUGUACAGGGACAUUAAUAGAAUAAGUAACUGCUAUGAGCCUCUCAGGAUAAAGAGGACGUGUGUACACCUAAUAGUAAGAAAUGAGCCCCUUAUUAGAUGAGGAGGACUUUGGAUGGUGAUAACAUCCUCGAGUAAAAUGACAAUUAAAGAAGUGUAAAAACCAGCAAGCAUAUUUUUGUUCAUACAAAUACAGGAAAAAACAGAGUGAGAGAGUGGGGUAAAAAGGAAUGAUUUGCUAACUGAUAGGUGUGGUUUUUUCUCUGUGUGUGUGUGAAUAUUUAAAACUGAUGGUCAUUUGCUGAUGAUUAUGGUUAGAGGGAAAAUCCCAGUUAAAAAUUGGAAAAAUCCAGGGAGCUUUUCCUCCCUCUUUCUUUCUCUUCUUACAGGCCUGAGAACAGAAAGAAAGCUAAAAAAUCUAGUUUAACUAUCCUAGAUGUGUGAAAAUUUUAAAUGGUUUACCAUGGUAAAGGGGAAUGAUGUAUAAUAAAUUUAGGUAGUCUGAUAGUAGAAGAAAUCUUUAAAUAAUGGUAGUAAACAUUUUAAAUUGUAUUGAAUGAAGUGAUUGUGAUAUACUAAACAUUUGAUUUGUGCUUGUCCCUUUCUCUGAUGCAUGAGAGGGGAGAGAAGAAUGAAAGGCAUCUGACGUUGGAGCACCCAUAAAACAGAUAAGAAGAUAAUUGGCUGUGCUGUAACCAAGAGGGGGCUUGCGGAUGAGAGGCUCACCAGGACCUGCUCCCAUUUGACAGGCCAGUAGAGUUUUAUCUACAAACUCUUCUCCUAUGCAUCUGCUGCUACUUAGUUGUACAUACACACAUUUAUAGUGGGAACACAUUUAGUUGGGUGUAUACAUUUGGUAGUGCUAGACAAUAAAAGCAGUAGUUUUGUUGGUAAAAAGGAAGGCUUGGCAAUAGACUGACCAGUUGAAGGGGCUAAUUAAGUACCGUAGUAUUGUUGAAUUAAAAGAGCAUUUCCAAGAAGUCUAAAUUUUGCUGAAGCUUGUGGAUGUGAUUGGUCAUUACUGCUUGGUAAAAUCACACAAAUUGAUCUUUUUUGGGUGUUGAUAAGUUUUAAGUCUCUGGGGCUGGCAGAUUUCUUUGGCUUGUCUUGGUUUAAGGUAAAUUAGCUAAACGGCGCUGUGAAUAACGUGUUUGGUCAUCUGUUGGUGCUUUUGGUUCCUAUGAAGACAUUUAAAGGCAGUAGCGCAGUGCCAAAGAUGGACGUUAAAGGUGUGAAAUCUAUCACUCCAGUUGAUGUAGUAAUGAAGAGCAAUCCACUUGUUAUGGGUAUUGAAAAAAUGUCUAAGAAAUGGAGUAAGAGGUGGCCUGACAUUGACCAGCCUUGGCCAGUGGAAGGUACCCUUAAUCCUGAAGUGGUUAAAACAAUGCACGUGCUAGUGUCCACCUAUAAGGCAGAGCAAAAGAAAGGAAAGAAGGGAAAGAAACGGCAAGAAAAGAGACAGAGGGAGCUUAACAUUUUGCAAUUAUUUGAGCAGGAGGGGCAGAAAAUGCUAAAAGCCAAUAAGGAGAGAAAAGACAGGAUUGUAGAAGAAAUAAACAAAAAUGUUAAAUCAACAGAAAAAUUGAUGGCAGAAGUGAAUAAACCUUUCUCACACACAACCCCAGUGAAGAGCCCCCCACCGUAUGAGAAAGAGAUAAGAUACACUGAUGUCUAUCCUCAGCUCCCCGUGAUUAAACAGGAGGGCGUGUAUCACAUCAAAGAUGAGAAGGAGCAGAUGAUAGAGACAGGAACAGCUAAAACAACUAUAAAGAUGUACCCAAGCAACAAGAGUAAAAAGAAAACAGGUCAUCCAGCAGCUAGGGGUGAACAAAAAUACAGAACAAUAGAAAUGGGAGAUGAUAGUCAUAGUGAUUCAGAAGAGGCUUUUGGAGGAUACGACCCAGCAGUUAGAAACAUAUUAGCCAGAGCAGAGAAAAGAGGAGGAAAAUCACUGAGGAAAAAAGAGCCAGCAAAAGACACCUCAGAGGAGAGUGAAGAUAAUGAUAGGGAUGAAGAAUCAGACAGUGAAGAGUCUUCAAAUUCCCUUUGGUCAACACCAAGGACUGAAGCUGAGGCACAGCAUAGAGCUUGGAAAAUGAUUGAGAAACGCAUGGAUAAAUGCUAUGGUGACCUAAGUAGUGCUACGAGUCCUGAAAAACAUAGAGAAUUGAGGGAAGAAUUAGAAGAGUUACAAAUAAUAAAAAAUGACUUAAAGAAAAAAGGAGUUGAAAAGCCAUCCACUUCAGGGUAUUCCUUACGCCCAAGAAAAGGGGAUAAGCCAGCUGGGAAAAUGUGUCCAGUUAUUGUUCGGGGACAGAAUUUGGAGUACAAGCCUCUGCAAAAUACAGACAUGUCAGACAUUCUUGAAAAGUUACCUACUCUUCAGGAAGGAGCUCACCCUUGGAUUUCCAAGUUAGAGGAAAUUAUGGUGGGAUGGCAGCCUGCUAUGGGAGACAUCAAGAGACUCCUAGCUAGCAUUUUAGGGGUCCCAGCUAUGGAAGAGAUCUUGCAGAGAGCAGGGCUUAACCGGUAUGCAGGAACUGCAGUAAAUGACCCAGAACUGUUUGCUGCGUGUAGAGCUCGGAUGUGGAGAUCACUGAGAGAUGUAUUUCCAACAAAUGUACAUCCAGAUAACAUUAUAAUUGAACCACUAGGACCACAAGAGAAUCCAAGAGCCUAUGUAUCAAAAGCUCAUCAAAUUUGGAGAAAUGUUACAGGAAACGAUCCAGAUAUGCACCAAAUGGAGCAGUCUAUUUUGAGAGCCAAAAUACAAAAAGGGUUGCCCCAGCCAGUGAGAAAUAAAUUAGAAGAGGUGGUUGGUCUUGGUAGCAUGACAAAAGGGAUAUACACAGACCAUAUAGCACAUCAAGUUGAGUUGUACAGGAAGAAACAGAACGAGCAGAGAGAGCAUGAUCAAGAGAUCCUGAGACAACUUAACCAGAUACAUUUGGGAAAUAGCAAAAAGAAAGACAAGAAACAAGCUGUGGUUAUGCAGAGCCAAUCUCAAUCAGAGGAGGCAAAAAUGCAACUGCAACAGGAACAUAUGCAUAACCGACCACCCCAGCUGACACCAGUAGCUCCUUUAGGGUCAUAUGCACAACCAGCCUUUAGUCAGUGGCAGACAUGGAGUGGAAGCGGUGAAGACAGAAACUUCAACCCAAACUUCCAGGCAUUUUCAGAAGCAUGUCAUAGGUGUGGACAACUAGGACAUUAUGCACUUGACUGUUAUUGAGUAGAAGAAAGCUCUGUCAGAGGAUGAGGGAAGGAAGAAAGUAAGAAAGUUUUUAGUAAGUAAGUAAAAGAUGGUUCUUGUCAAGGACAUUGAUUAUUUGUGGAAAAGAACAAUUCAGGAGGCCAAGGUUAGACAAUGAUGCAAGGGGGGAAGUUACAAGAAACAUCAUAAAGGAAUAGGUUUUUGGACACCACAAAUUUUUAAUUAUGUCAUAAGUAGAUGUACAAUGUGACUAAAAAAAUAAUGUUUGAUGGGUUAACAGUUGAAGCUUGUCCAACCAAGCAAAAAGAUGCUCAGUAUGUUGCCAAGUUUUUGUGUAGGGAGGUCAUAAGCAGAUGGGGACUUUCAGAGUAAAUAUUCGAAGAUAAUGGAGAAGAGUGUGUGGAUAAAACAGUGAAAUUGAUUUGAAAAACUAAGAAUUGAACACUGUUUAAGAGCUCUGUACCAUCCGCAAAGCCAAGGUAUCUGUGUAAAAAUGAAUGGGGUGAUGAAAAACCCUCUGGGUAAAAUUGACCAGCACACAGUUUUACAUUUUGAUGUCAUAAAGGGGGAGUAUUGAUUAGGGGGAAAUAUGAUAAACAUGUCAAACAACAAAAAUGUAUGUUUUUGGCAAGAUACUGCUUAAUUUUUUCAUUCUCAGGACAGCAGGUGGGGAGACCAGCUAAAGAAAGGUGGUUCUCCAGACAUCUAAACAGCCUAAUGGACCCACACCUCCCAACAAGACAACCAAACAUGGACAAUGUAAACACAACUGAAACCUGACAGAGGAUGUGAACAAGGACAUUGCAUUGGAUACAUAAACGGAGGAAACACCCAUGGACAAGAACACUACACAAGCAGCCAAGGAUGUUAAGGAACAAAAAUGAUUAUUCAUUUUAAUCAUAGAGUUUGUUAAUGUAUAACCUGGGAUUGAAUGUCAAUUUAUCUCUCUGUGUUGUAUUUUAAUGUUCAUGUCAACACCAAACAGUAUAGGAAGAAUGAAAACUAUGAAAGGGGGUUUAGUGAUUCAUAGCAUAAGUUGUAAAGUGAAUGUAUUGGGAUCUCAGGUGUUUUCUUUGUUUUCUCGUUGUAGGAUCAGUGGUGUUAGGCAGGGAUAGGUCCACUGGAAGUUCGAUGGGAUGACCAGCUUGACUGUGGAUAAUUUUAAAUUUGUUUCUGAGAUUCCCAAGAAUAUUUGCGCCAAACAUUAUUUCCACAUAAAGUCUAACCCUUACCUUUCAAUUGGAUUGGAGUACAAUAGGUGGUCGCCUAGGGCAGAGGGACCGUGAGUGACUUUUUCCUGUCUAGAGUGUUUGAUGGAUAAAAAUGGAAAGACAGCUGCCUGACAGGUUUUCGCCCUCACACUCCAAAAUUUCAGCAAUAAAUAGAAACUGCAUAAAUUGAAAUUGUAAUUAUGUCUUUUCCUUUUUCGAGACUCUAUGGAGUCUCGAAGGGGGGAAAUAUGUGGUAUCUGGAGUACAGCAUCAACAUACCAGGCCGAGGUAUUUCCCAAAGUUACAUGAACUAAUCAAAGUGUGGAUUGUAGACACUGGGUCACCUGGCUGUUGAGUGCUUGUAGAGCACAGGUCACAGUUCACAGGUCACGAUUCCAGACUAGAUAAACAACAAACAAACAGAUGAUAACGAAAAGAUAGCUGGGGAACAAAGAGAGGAUGACCCUAUAUAACAGGAUUACAAACUGUGGUCAGGGAGAGCUGGACAUCAUUGGCAGUCCUCUCCCAGCAACUGCAGUGCUGUAUUGAUACUGGUUUUGUCUUUAUAAUAAACUCCUCUUAUACAAGCAAGCCAGUGUCACGAAGCCUCCUUCUGCAUCUACACAUCGAGGACAGCCCAGACACAACACCGGCACAAGGGUGGAGCUGGGGUGGAGGUGGGUUGCUGGUUGCCUGUCGAAGCAGAGGAAGAGGCUGGGUUAGGGCAGUUUUAAACAGGGCGCUCUAAAGGCAUAGGACCAAUAUGAGCUAAGAGGAAAUCAGCUGGGCCAUCAGCUGGUCGAAGUGGCUACCUUUCAUUGGCUGCGGAUCAACACUUGACGUCGUGACCUGUCAGAACUAACGCUAUGCUUCAUUUUUGCACCCCCAAAGCCUCAAGUAGUUUGUUUAAUUCAAUUCAUAAUUCACAGAGAAUUACCAUAAAAUCAAGAGCAUAAGUUUUAUCUGUAUGAAGCAGUGUUUAAGGUUUCAACUGUGUUCCCAAAGCUCAUGAAAAAUAGCUUAAUAGAUGUAAUCUACACUGUGCGCUGUUUGUAGAUCAGUUUGCAUGUUUGUUUGCGGCCCACUGAGUGAUGUCAAAAGCUCAAACUUUAACAGCAGAGGCUUCUCAGUCUAGCUUGUGUAAUCACUAGGAUAAGCUGCUGAUGUAUGUGCUUUUCUUCUCGGGAACAGCAGUAAAAAGAAUGUCAGCUACUGAUGUGUUAGAAGUCCUGAUGGAUGAGACCCAAUCUCACACAGAAAGAGAACGCAAUAGGUCAAAUCUGAACGACCCCUAAUCCUGAUCCUUUAAAUUACACCCAUAGAGUCUGCAGGCUACACAUGAAAAGCGGAUGUUAAACGCAGCUGUACAAGAAGAACCGAUGGAAAUACAUUUUGUGCUACAUGUCUGUAUCUCGAAAAUUUGUGUGCUAUUAAAUUGAAACCACAACUUGACUUUCCACUCUUAAAAAAAUGAAGGGAUAUUUCCUGAAUAUCAAGGUCAGUGGGAUACUUUCUUAAACAGGAAUUAAGUGAGUGAGUAACUGUGAAUACUACAGCCUCCUACUCUAGUAGUCAAUAACGCUGUAUUGCAUAACAGAUGACAAUUAUAUGCAUAUCAUCUCCCUAAAUAGAAAAAAGCAGUGGACAGCCUCUGAUCCCGAACGCCGCCUCAGUCUGAAUGAAGGCCAUGUGUAUGUACAUAUGUUCUGCCCACAUCACUGUUUUGGAGAGCUGCACGCACAUCAAAGGAGGUAUUUAUUAAGGGUGCAUACCACACACACACACACACACACACACACACACACACACACACACGAGCAGAUGUGGGCCUCUGAACAUUCGAUCCCUCUACAUGAUGUUCAGUAUGCUCAGAGGUUUCCCAAGAGUUAUGAUGCUUCGAAACAGUCAUGGAAAAAGACUAAUAGCAGUUUCGUUUUUCCUUUUUUUUGACUACCUUUAAAUGUGUUAUGGCUUGGUUUAAUUUUCAUCCAUUAAAUUUUUAACGAAGUAUCAAAGACAUGCAGAUGUGAACUUGUUUGGUUACAGGGAAAAUACAAUUUCCAAAAGGUCAACCAAAAGCUGUUAUCAGAAAAACAGAUUAUUUCCCAUGAAGACAAUACUGUAGGUAAAUCCCCCCCUAUAAAAUGUCUCUUAAUUGGGAAAAUUGCUCAUUGUAAUGAUCACAGUGUGCAUUUAAAGAGCCAGCAAUCCACCUAAACUUAAGGCUGCUAUUAAGAAGUUUUGUAUGUCAGCCUUGGUGACCCCUGAAUAAAGUGGUAUGUCUCAAGGUUCUCAGUGCUUCCUUUACACAUGACAGUAGACUUAAAUAGUAUCAUCAUCACUGCCCACAUACUCCAAGCAUCUACUGAAGCUCUUUUGCAGCUUUUCUUCUCUUCCAAUUGGUUUUAAGUUCCUGUCUGAUCUCUACUUAGCUACACUGUCAUCAUUUGUGCAGGUCAUAUACAUAUAUAUUGUACUCAUGUUCCUGCAACCUAGCUGCACCCAUAGACUGUAUAUAGAAUGGACAGCAUCUGCCCACUUACUGCUUGAAGCCAUCCUGAGAACAGCACCCUCUGGUGACAGGCUGCAGUAAUAAAUACAUAAAGGUCAUAAAUCCCGCCUCUUCCAGCAAUCCCUAUGGAGCUGUGGACAAACUUUAUAAAUCAAUUACCCCCCCCCCCCCCCC